AUGGGAGUACACCUUGAAAUUAAUAAUAUUUACAGAAUCGGUAAAACAGAGCCCAAUAAAAUUCGACCUGUUGUAGUUUCACUCACAACUACAUGGAAGAAGCAUUUGAUUCUGCGAAACAGAUCUAACUUGCAAGAAGGUGUAUAUAUCAAAGAGGAUUACCCCAAGGAAAUAACAGAAAAACAGCGCGGGAGAUCAACUUCGUUAUCAAAUCUCUCAAAAAACUAA